AUGAAGGUCGAGAUUUGCUCGUUCUCGAACAGGAAGGUCUACCCAGCUAAGGGAAGGCUCUUUGUCCGUGGUGACAGCAGGGUGUUCCGCUUCCAGGGCUCGAAGCCAGAGUCGCUGUUCCACCAGCGCAAGAACCCUCGUAAGAUCGCCUGGACGGUGCUGUACCGCCGUAUGCACAAGAAGGGCGUUACUGAGGAAGUGGCGAAGAAGCGCUCGCGUCGCACCAUCAAGAGCCAGCGUGGCGUCGUGGGUGCCUCGAUCGACCAGAUCAACACCCACCGUAACCAGAGGCCAGAGGUGCGUGAGGCCGCGCGCAAGGAGCACAUCGCCAAGACAAAGGAAGCUAAGAAGGCUCGUCAGGCUGAGCGCAAGGCCAACCGGCAGGCGGCUGGUGCCAACACUGCCGUGGCGCGCCAGCAGGCCAAGUCUACGGCCCGUAGCGGCGGUGGUCUGAAGGCAUAA